AGGCAAGAGACCGCUCCAGAGUUUCCAUACUGUACACUACCUGUAAUAAUUUCAAGAAAAGAGAGAGAGCAAAAAGAAUUAAGGAAUCCAUCAUGGCUGAAAGUCUUUCUGCUAAAAAAUGGCUUCCUCUUGAAGCCAACCCUGAUGUCAUGAAUCAGUUCAUUUGGGGUCUUGGUGUUCCACCGGAUGAUGCAGAGUGCUAUGAUGUUUAUGGGUUGGAAGAAGAACUUCUGGAAAUGGUGCCCAAGCCGGUCCUUGCUGUUUUGUUUCUCUUUCCCCUCACACCACAGAUUGAAGCAGAGAGAGUAAAGGAAGACAGCCAAACAAAGGUGCAGGACCCCACUAGUACAGUUUACUUCAUGAAACAAACGGUGGGAAAUGCAUGUGGAACAAUAGGCCUACUUCAUGCUAUCGGGAAUAUCACCUCAGAGAUAAAACUUGAUGAGGGCUCAUUCUUUGGCAAGUUCUAUAAAUCAACUGCACGCAUGGACCCGAUGGAGCGUGCUUCAUUUCUUGAAAAUGAUAGAGAGAUGGAAGUUGCUCAUUCAGUAGCAGCUACUGCUGGUGACACUGAGGCUCGAGAGGAUGUGGAGGACCAUUUCAUCUGCUUCACAUGUGUUGAUGGACAACUGUAUGAGCUUGAUGGAGACAGGUCCGGGCCAAUUUCACAUGGUGCAUCUACUCCAAGCAGCCUGUUACAGGAUGCUGCUAAAGUUAUACAAAGGAUGAUGCAAAAAAUUCCAGACUCGAUGAACUUCAACAUCAUUGCCAUUUCAAAGAGAGUUAAAGGUGAUGCUCCAUGAGCGCAGAGUUCUGUGCCCUGGUGUUCCACGCGAGUUUUCUAAUGUACAAUGUAAAAGAGCUAAAGAUGGACUUGUGGCAUCACGUUUUGACACGGAACCAUUUCAGCUGCAUAUAUACCUCGACUGAGAGCUUUUGGGUUGAGCUUCUGUUGUAAUACUUACAAACUAAACUAAAGAUGCACUACAACCUUGGAGAAAUAGUUAUCUCUUCUCCACUUCCUGUUUGUCUAUUGUAGCGCAAUUGUUAAAUCAAGUUUGCCUUAGAAAUGAGUAGUUUUACUAUUGGAAGCGUGA